AUGAAUCUUGCAGAGUCGCCUCAAAAGCAGACCCAAACAUCAACUAUGAUUUCUGCGCUGAGCCUUAAAGCCAAGUCCCCAAGUCCACCCACUAGUCUCGAAGAGCUUGUAGCCAAGUCCAUUCAGAUAACCAAGGCCAAUGGAACUACCAUAAUCUCCACCAUUUCCAAUCUCUUGAAGGAUCCCGAGUUCAGUGACUACGCCAAGAAAUGCUUAAAAGAUUGUUCUGAUAAUUACUCAGACUCUCUUUCAGAUUUGGACGACGCCUUGGGUGCUUUCAGGUCCAGAGAUUUCAGCUCUGCUAAUAUCAAGAUAAGUGCAGCAAUGAAUGCCUCUGCUACGUGUGAAGACCGGUUCAAGGAAGGGAAAGAGAAGUCUCCUUUAACAGGAGGCAAAAAAGUUUACUUUGAACUCAACGCAAUGUCUCUGGCUUUUAUCAAGAUGCACAAAUAG